AGUUUACUAGUACAGUUGAUCAGUAACCUCGGUACACAGCGGGACAGGUAUGGCAGAAGUGGUAGAGAAGUCACGUAUUGCCAUCGUCGGCGGUGGUUUGGUCGGUGCAUUAGCUGCAAGUUUUUUCGCUAAAAGGGGUCAUCGAGUAGCCAUCUAUGAAUAUCGAUCAGACAUACGAUUGGAAAAAUCGAGUGGUCAAAGUAUUAACUUAGCGCUGUCAUUCCGUGGCAGAGAAGCUUUAAAAGCAAUCGGUCUUGAAAAUGUUUUGGUGAAACAUGGUACUUCUAUGCGUGGCAGAAUGCUUCAUGAUAAAGAUGGCAAUUUAAAAGAAGUUCUUUACGACAGCGUCAAAGGAAAUUGCAUUUAUUCCAUUAAUAGGCGAUUUCUCAAUAUGGUUCUAUUGGACGCCGCGGAAAAAUAUCCGGAAGUGCAACUCAAUUUUAAUAGAAAGCUCAUGGACGCCGAUUUGGAAAACGGAAAAAUGCAAUUCUUAAAUACAAAUACGGGAAUAACGGAAGAGGCAGAAGCUGACCUGAUAAUAGGUGCCGAUGGCGCGCAUUCAAAAAUACGGAAUAUUAUGACUAAACAGCCGCUCUUUAGUUGCUCCCAAACGCACGUCGAUCACGCUUACGUAGAAAUUUCUGUGCCGCGUCGAGAAGAUAAUGAAUUUGCGAUGAGCGGUAACAAUCUUCAUAUUUGGCCGCGCGGUGAAUUUAUGAUGAGCAGUUUGCCGAACGAGGAUCGCACGUUUACCGGCAAUCUGUUCGCUCCAUUUCACGUGUUUGAAAAACUAAAAACGCCCGAGGCAUUGUUGAGCUUCUACACCGAGCAUUUCCCGGAUUUCCUGCAACUCAUCGGCGAGGAGAGUCUGCUGAAGCAAUUUUUCGAAAAGAAACCCCAGACGUUAAUAUCAGUUAAGUGCAAACCUUAUCACGUUGGAAAAACUAUUAUAGUUGGCGAUGCUGCCCACGCCAUGGUUCCUUUCUACGCUCAAGGAAUGAACACUGGCUUUGAAGAUAUUCUAGUGCUCGAUGAAAUAAUGGAACGCUACGAUUCCGACUUUGCAAAAAUUCUGCCGAAAUAUUCGGAAUUACGUUACGACAAUGGGCACGCAAUCUGCGAUCUCGCAAUGUAUAACUAUCUUGAGAUGAGAGAUUUGGUGGCAAGAAAAUCUUUUCUUUUUCGAAAGCUUUUGGACAACAUUUUAUUCACACUUAUUCCCAAUUACUGGGUACCGCUUUACUUCACUGUGCAAUUUACCCGCAUGAGUUUUCGUGAAUGCGUGACGAACAAAGAAUGGCAGGAUAAGGUAUUAAAAAUAGGUGUUUUAUGUCUUGGAUUUCUGAUAUUUGCUGUGCUAGUUGGCUUUUUUUUACAAAAUGCCAUGUGAACGGGAUCGCUUGCUAAAUAUCAUUAAAUUAUGAUCUAAUGAUGAAGACAGCAUAAUUAAUAAUUAAUUUUCAUAGCAAAUAUUCAUAUUUUAUGUAUUUAAUCUUACCUAAUUUUUUG